AGAGAGAGAAAGAGUCAAGGAGGAUGGCGGACAAAUGUCUAAAUUCUGGUUUAAGAAAGACAAAUGAGAAAAACCCUGGUCUCCUAUUCUGGCAUUUCCAAAUUAUUUCAUUAUUUAAUUCAUAAAUUCUCAUAUUUUUCUCAUUUCCCUUUUGAAAUCCUGUGACCGUGCCAUGCCUCAUGUUCUUCUCCAGCCAUUAUAGUCUCCCUCUUCCAUUCUCUCUCUGUCUUUAUUGUUUUUUUAUAUAUAUUGCAUUAUCAUUAUCACUAUCAUCGUCAAGUUAAAUAAAGCGGAUUGAAGCAGCUUAAUUAUACCUGAGAGAAAAGAAAAACACCUCUCAUCAACACACAGAAAUCAAAACAUGGGAAGAGCUCCUUGCUGUGACAAGACCAACGUCAAGAAAGGCCCAUGGUCGCCUGAGGAAGAUGCCAAACUCAAGUCUUACAUCGAGCAGCAUGGCACAGGCGGUAACUGGAUAGCUUUGCCCCAAAAGAUAGGUCUUAAGAGAUGCGGGAAGAGCUGUCGCCUUAGAUGGUUGAAUUAUCUCCGGCCAAACAUUAAGCAUGGUGGGUUUUCAGAGGAAGAAGACAACGUUAUUUGUAGCCUCUACCUAAAUAUAGGAAGCAGGUGGUCCAUCAUAGCAGGGCAAUUGCCUGGACGAACUGAUAAUGAUAUAAAGAACUACUGGAACACAAGACUGAAGAAGAAGCUCCUCGGCAAGCAGCGCAAAGAGCAACAGGCUCAAGCUCGGCGAGCGAACAGCCUGAAGCAAGAGAUGAAGAGAGAGAGCUGUGAGGCCUUUAUGGUUUCUGGGGUCAUAAACCAGAGCCCGUACUGGUCUGCAGAGCUACCUGUAGCAGUGCCAGUAAUGGGUUCCACCCAAGACCCUACCCUGGAGGACCAAGCAAUAAGGAGCUUGCUGAUCAAACUAGGAGGAAAUUUUCCAGAUAAUCAGCAACCAAACACCACUAAUUUUCAAUUCCCCAUUGAUAUUAUAUCCUCGUCUCAUGAUCAACUUUAUGUGAACUCAUUGAGUAUUCCUACUUCAGCAGCGAUCGUGAAUACAAUUGACAGUACUUCUACUCAAUUUCCUAACAUGUUUCAAAGGCUUGAAAGUUUCCCAAGCGAGCUUUGUGAAUUGGGAUAUGACAACCCACCACAAUUAGAUGGGUUGGAGGGGCUUUAUGGAAUGGAGAUGGUGAAUGCUAGCACUGGGACUAGUACCAGUACUUCUGGAGAAAGCGCGAGUUGGGGAGAUAUAAACUCUUUAGUUUAUCCCCCUUUGGUUUCUGAUCACUACGAAGGUUGCCAACAAGGAUUGCCACAACUACAAGAUUCUGCUUUUGAGAAUUUGAGGUACUUUGCGCCGCCGCAAUAGCUAGCAACAUUGUACAUGGGCAGUGUAAAUUUGUUCCAGCAGAGAAUAUGCUGUCAGGAUCUCACUCAGAGACUUGUUUACACUUCCAAGCUGACUGUUCUUUCUCAUAUAUUUUUUUUUUCUGAUGUGUUCUUUCACAUCUAUGGUUGUUCUUUAAUAAUUCUACUCUUCUAGUUUCAUUUAAUUAUUUUUCUAUGAUUUUGGGACUGAAUUUCUCGCGGGUGUUGUUGAGGAAUCAUAGGACGUACGAAAGUUAACUGCAUGUGAAAGUAUUGUUACAGUGCUGCACUUGGGUUCAA